AAUGCAAAGACAGACACGCCCCCUUUAGGAAGGCAACGCAAUAGAUCACUGAAAGUGCAAAGCAAGUAGCUUUAGAAGGACAGUUGAACACUAUCAAAGCUUCGCCUGUGGAUCAACCAUGUCUGGAGAGUUUGUGAAGGCUGGGUACUUGGUCAAGAGCCCGCCAGAGUUCAAAGCUCUGGUGGCUCAAUGGCACAAGCGGUGGUUCCUCUUGAUGGACUCCAAGCUUGUAUACCCACUAGCAGCUCGCUACGUGAGGCUAGAAUACUACCAGAGCGAGCAAGAUGCUAAAAGGCUUGCAGAUCCCAAAGGAGUCAUCAAUCUCAACUCUUGCACGCAAGUCAUCAGUCGUGAGCCUAUUAAAGGUCACAAGCAUGUGUUUGACGUACACACAGAGGAGAGAGUGUAUCACCUGGUAGCAGAGUCUGGUGAGGAUAAGCAAGAGUGGGUGGACACUCUCAACACUCUACUGUUCACUGAACAAGACAUUCUAACCCAAAACAGCAGUCCCAUUCAUCAGAGAAGAUGGUCCCCACCACAACGUCGUGCAGACAACAUUCUCAGAAGAACAAGAGUAAGUUUAAUCUUAUCUAAAUCAUGUGCAUUUUUAUGUUUUACACAGGAAGGUUCUCUGAAGUCACAGAGGCCUCUAAGUUUUACUGGUCAACCAAGCCCUCCUGUCAUACAACGACCUUUGCCCCCAGUCCCAAAUGGCCACACUGCAUCAAAGCCUCCUAGACAAAGACCAUUACCGCCCACUCCCUCAACAAAAGCCCUCACACCUCCCGGAACACAUGAAGAACAAAAAAGUAAAAAUCUGAGAAUCCCUCCUCCAAAACCUGCUCCGUACAGAAAGCCCAACAGUUCUCCUGCACCACCCACCCUCCCAUUAUCUCGCUCUCCCCCCACACCCGUUGACAUUACUGGCCACUAUGAUGUGGCCCCAGGACGUACCUUAGUCAUGGUCAUGCCCUCUCCAACUGCUAGCAAGAGAAUAUUGGCAGUACCGCCUACGAGGAGCCCAAGCAAUGGUGAUGAUGACUACAGUGUACUGGAAAAUGCUAACAUAUUAACUACUGUGGAAGAUGCUGACAUGUACAGUCAUUUAGCCCCGCCCAACAGAACCACCUCCCCUCCCGUCAGCACCUCUCCUAGGAAGAGACCAGUCCCACCCCCACACCCACCACCACACAGUAAAGGAGUUCACACGGUCAUAAUGCAAACUGAUGAAGAGUACAGUUUAUUACGACACUGACUGCACACACACACACACACAACAUUGCACGUUUAUUUAGUUCAUUAUUAUUUUUUUUAUUCUCAUCACUAUUCGCACUGAGUUUCUCUAGUGGAAAAUACGUCGUCUUCUCAUGUUAUGAUGAUUUUUUUGCAUGA